AUGAAUAUUUUACCUAAAAAAAAAUGGAAUGUUUAUAAUACAGAGAAUAAAGAAAGAGUCAAAAGAGAUGAAAGAGAACAUCAAGAGAAAUUAGAAAAAGAGAAACAAAGGCAUGAGGAGCUAGAAAGUGAAAAUAGAUACAGAAAGUUAAAAGAAGAUUUAAAAAAGAAAAGGAAAUUAGAAGAGGAUGGGGAGGAUCUAGAAAAUAGUGAUGAUACUGAAUCUCCUUUAGAACCACCGUUAAGCAUACCACCAUCAGAACGAUCAGUAUCAAGCCUAUUUGAAGGUAUCGAAGAUAAGAUUAUAUCAUAUUCAAAAAAUAAUAAUAGUAAUAAUAAUAAUAAUAAUAGCAACAGUAAAAAUAUAGACAUAAAUAAAAUUUCAAAUUCAAAAUUGGGUGAAGGUUCAUAUGAAUAUAAAAAAGAAAAACCAUUUUGGCAUAAUACCUCAUCUUCAUCACCAGAAAAAGACUAUAAGGACAUGAACAGAAAAGAAAAAAAGAAGUUAAAAAGCGAACAAUGGUUUAAAGAUAAAGAGGAUCCAAUUAAUUUAGUUGACAAAGCAUUGGGAAGAGAAAAUAUUAAAGGUCAAAAAUAUAGUAACAAUAAAACUCCGUCAUCCUCAUCCUCACCAUCAUCAACUAAAAAAACAAUUGAACAAUUAAGAAAGGAAAGAUUAGAAAGAGAACAAAAUGAGAGAAAAAAAGAAACAAUACUUAAAAAUUCUAUCAAUAAAAAAGAAGAUUAUAGUAACGAUGAUAGCGAAAGCAAUACUUUUUCCUAUAUUAAAUAUAGCGGAGGUAUUUUAAAACAAAAGAAAUAA